ACUGACUUAAGUGGAACAUCUAUGGCAGAGCUGGGAAUUUAACCCAGAUGUGCUGAACUGCAAGCCAGUGCCAUCAUCCUAAAACCGUCCUCCCUCUCCAGCCUCAAAUGUUUGUGUGGUAUCUGUGUAACUCCAAAAGCAGGAUAUUGAGUGACAGCUCAGCCAAUGAAACACAAGACAGGAGUAUUGCAUCAUGGGCUGAUCAUACCCCCUGAGGGCAGCAUGGUGUUCACUGGACCUCUGCUCAGCAACCCAGCAGUGUUUGUUGCAAAUAGCCCCUGUUGAUUCACGGAUGACAUCGUACUAAUUGCCAAAAGCACCAACCAACUGCAGAGCAUACUACGAAGACUCGACAAGAAAAGCAGUCAUGUUGGUCUGAAAAUGAACCGUUGCAAGACGAAAUACAUGCAAUCAGACGUCUUACGAAAAGCCUGAAUAACAGUAACAGGAGAAGAAAUUGAAGAAGUGGAACAGUACAUAUAUUUGGUGCAAGAAGUUAAUAUGCGCCAAGACAUGAACGGAGAACUCUUGCGAAGAAUUCAGGCAGGAUGGUGUGCGUUUAAUUCCAUCAAGGACAUCCUCAAAGGAAAAAUCGACAAGACCACACGUACAAAUAUCUUAAAUUCAACAGUGCUGCCAGCCAUGCUGUGUAGCAGUGAAACGUGGGCACUAACGAAGAGAGAAGAACAGCGGCUGUCGGUAGCUGAAAGGGCAAUGGAACGAGCUAUGUUGGGAAUUUCCCUUCUGGAUUGUAUCCCAAAUGGAACGAUUAUAGAACGCAGUGGUGUGAAAGAUAUUGUUGUGGAAAGCAGAUAUAAUAAGAUGCAAUGGGUGGGCCACAUAGCAUGGUUCACAGACAAUAGGUGGACCGCAAUCAUUACUGAGUGGUACCCACGCGAAUAGAAAAGACCACCUGGUCGGCCUCCAAGAAGGUGGGAAGAUGACAUUGUAAAACAUUUUGGACGAACGUGGAGAAGAAAGGCAAGAAUGUGAGAAGAAUGGCAGACGUGUUGUGAUUGACACAGUCUUAACGACAGCUGAAGACUGAUCGAUCCAGGUGAUCCAGGUGAAGUAAAUUAUUGAUUCUUUUGCUCAUUUGAUAAGGCAAUCAGAAAAGGGAUGAGAUCUGACAUGCAAGGAUAUCUUCAAAGCUUAUGACUAGUUGAGGUGCAGGCCUGAAAAGUCCCUAAUACCUUUCAUUACUGCAGGUAUAAAAAACCUAGGAUUUGAAGAGAACAUACUGUGCAGUGCUUAAGGUGGACUUCCUGAAGGAUGGUACAGUUCUGAAAUUAUGCAACUAGGUACUCUCUGGCUGGGCAAGCACUGUAGUGGAGAGAAGGGAACAGGCUAUCUGGCUCCUCUUUCCAGGAAAACUAUAGAAGAACUGUGGCUACUGAUAUUAACAAAGGCUUUAGGUUUUGAAUCCACUGUACAAAAUGUGUCCCUAAUCUAAACAUACGCAAGUUAUGAGGGUUUAAAAAAGAAGACCCUAUUAAAUGCCUUUUCAGCAUCUAAAAAGGCUACUAUGCAUUUUUCUGCCCAGACAACCUCCAGUACUCUGUGUACAUUUAUAUAACAAGCACCCAUUUCUAACUAACCGUGCCUGAUCUUCUGAGAGGAGACUGGGAAGGAAAUGUUUUAAUCUUAAGGACAGAAUCUUUGGUAAGAUUUUAAGAUCUAGACUGUUCUAAAGGCUACACUGCUGUGGUCUGUAAGAACACUGCUUUGGACCCUGGCCUUAUGUAGCUGUAUAUAAAAUGUUACAGAGAUCAAGAAUGUUGUAAGGGUUGCAGGAAACAUGUUUGUUCCCCUCCUCCCCCCACAAAGACUGCACUGCAUAAUACAUCUUAGUCAGUGGCUUCAAAAGAGUUCAUAGAGUUGUUUAUAAUACUCAGCAUACAAACCAUUUGUGCAUUACUAGAUUUCUGUAAUUGAGAGAGAGAUUGCAAACAGCUGAGUCCAAGUAUUAACCCCAGUGAUCUUUUUAUUCAUAACUUGCACCUGACAUCUCCAACAAGAACAGCAAUAAUUGGUGUUUGCUGCGUGUCUGAAUCUGUAGUUAAAAUUAAAAAGGGCGAUCUGGCCAGGCAUGUAAGGGUGGUAUAGUACCAUAGUGAAAUGAUAACCUGGGCAGAAAUACCAUAGCCAAGGUUUAAUAUGCAAAGGAAUAACUUAUAGUUUGAUUAAAAACAACUUAGCCCUAUCAUUAUUGAUAUAUAUGGGACUAUGCAAUUGCAUAAAAUUAAAGACUUGCAUAAGUCUUUGCAGGAUUGGGGCAUGAGGGCCUGAUUCUAUAACCAUUACUCAUUCUGGGAAGCACUCAUAGCUGCUAAGGCCAGAAGGAACCAUUAUGAUCAUCUCGUCUGACCACUGACUCAGUCUCUUUGCCUUUAAUGGGUCUCAACACAUGAACACAGUCUACUCAAUAUGAAGACUGAAGAAUAAGCCCCAUGUCCCCAUCUGUAAAAGGAGACAAUAUUUAGUAACUUCAUAAUGGGGUUUGGAGGCAAAAAUUGUUUGUUUGUAAAGCACUUUAAAUUCCUCAUUUGAAAGUGCUAUAGAACUGCAAAAUAUUAUAAGAGAAAAUCAGUGAAAAAUUAGAGUGUAGGAGGCAUCUUCUUCCAACUGUGAUGCUCCUGGAAAAAUUCUACAAAUAAUACUGUGUCUGGAGCAACCAUCCUCCAGGUAGGGAUACAGAUCUUCUUUUUGAGUAAUGUUGCUGACUUGUAGCUAGUGACACAAAAGAUGGGCAUUAACAUAAUGGACAUCAGAAAAAGGAAAACUAUUGACUACCUGAAAUGAGGUUGGGCUAUGUAAAACACCGGCUUAUGUUACGUUUGUCUGCAACCAAAUUAAAGCUCAGGGAUCUCGCUUCUUGUCAGUUCCCACAUAUGGAGAUUCCGGGCUCAUGAUUAUCUGUCUCUACUUGUUCAGUGUAAUUAAUAGAUGUGGUUUCUCUCCAGCCAUUAAGGGAUGCUGUGUUCAUCAUGGAACAGACCAUCUCUUCCAGAACAGGGAAAGAGAAAUUCCCCAAGGAAUUCAGAGUUCACCUCUUGGAAGGUUGGUGAUAAAACAGGAGACCACUCAAAUUGUCGCCCACAUGGAAAGAAAAGGCAGUUGCCAAAAGGAAAAAGACAAAGGAAACUCAGACUUCAGAGCCCUCCCUAUUCACAGAUACAGGAAAAAACUAGUUGAGGCUGUGAGAGACAAUUCAUUUCUUAUUGUGACUGGGGAGACAGGGAGUGGCAAAACUACCCAGCUCCCUAAGUAUCUAUUUGAAGAAGGCUUUGCAAAGCAUGGAGUGAUUGGUGUGACUCAGCCACGCCGAGUAGCUACCAUGUCUGUGGCUCAGAGAGUGGCUGAGGAGAUGAACUCUUCACUGGGAAGCAUAGUGGGAUAUCAGGUUCGCUUUGAUGACUGCACCUCUGAGGGUACUGCAAUCAAGUAUAUGACUGAUGGCUGCUUACUGAGACAGGUACUGGCAGACCUCCAUCUUACCAAAUACAGUGUCAUUAUACUGGAUGAAGCCCAUGAGCGGAGCUUAAGCACAGACAUUUUAUUUGGCUUGCUGAAGAAACUGUUCCAACAAAAGAAGCCUCCCAAGAGAAGGAAAGCCCUGAAGGUGGUGGUGAUGUCAGCCACCCUGGAGGUAGACAAGCUUUCAGAGUUCUUCGGAGGCUGCGCAGUGGUGGACAUUCCAGGAAGGAAUUAUCCCGUCAAGGAGAUAUUCUGCAGCCUGCUUGGCCCAAAGGAUGCAGAAAGCUCUGCCUAUGUUACAGAGGCUGUAAAAGUGACCCUGGAUAUCCACUUGAAUGAGUCAGCAGGAGACAUCUUGGUUUUUCUAACUGGACAAUCUGAGAUAGAAAGAACGUGCGACUUACUUUUCCAGAAAGCGGAAUCUAUUGAUUACCGCUAUGAUGUGCAAGAUUGUUCUGUUGAAGGUUUGCUUAUCUUACCCUUGUAUGGGUCAAUGCCAACAGAUCAGCAGAGAAGAAUAUUUUUGCCCCCUCCUCCAGGCAUUAGAAAAUGUGUCGUAUCCACAAACGUUGCUGCAACAUCUCUGACCGUUGAUGGAAUCAGGUAUGUCGUUGAUAGUGGAUUUGUGAAGCAGUUAAAUCAUAACCCCAGGGUUGGCUUGGACAUACUGGAGGUGGUUCCCAUUUCAAAGAGUGAAGCAAUGCAACGAGCAGGCCGAGCUGGCAGGACAUCAUCUGGAAAAUGCUACAGGGUGUACAGCAAGGAAUUCUGGGAUCAGUGUAUGCCUGAUCACAUGAUCCCAGAGAUUAAGAGAACUAGUCUUACAUCUGUGAUCUUGACCUUGAAGUGCCUUGCUGUACAUGAUGUCAUAAGGUUCCCCUAUUUGGACCACCCCGAAGAGAGGCAUAUUUUAGAGGCUCUUAAGCAACUUUACCAGUGUGAUGCUAUUGACAGGAGAGGCCACGUGACAAGACUGGGAGAGUUUUUGGUGCAAUUUCCUCUCCCUCCAAACCUGACCUGUGCUGUCAUAAAGGCAGCUUCUCUCGACUGCGAAGAUCUGUUGCUUCCCAUAGCUGCGAUGUUGUCUGUCGAAAAUGUCUUUAUACGACCUGGUGACCUUCAGAAACAAAAGGAAGCGGAACUCCGCCACCAGGAACUGUCAUUAGAGGCAGGAGGAUGCAAUGAUUUUGCAACCCUUUUAAACAUCUUUGAACAGUGCAAAUCAAGCAAGUCUCCUGCAGCUUGGUGCCAAAAACACUGGGUCCACUUCAGAGCUUUAAAAUCUGCUUUUAGUGUGGAAGCACAACUUCAGGAAAUAACCAGUAAGCUUAAACAGCUGUCAGACUUCCCAAGAGAGCGUUUUGAUGGCUCCAAAAAUGAGAUACUCAGAAGAUGUCUGUGCACGGGGUACUUCACCAAUGUCGCCCGAAGGUCCGCAGGCAGGACGUUCUGCACAAUGGACGGACAUGGUAGCAUAGUCCAUCUUCAUCCUUCAUCAGCACUCCAUGACCAGGAACCUCAACCUGAAUGGAUCAUCUUCCACGAUGUCCUGGUCACAUCUAAAAUGUAUGUGAGGAUGGUGUGUCCUAUUCGCUAUGAGUGGGUCAAAGACUUGUUGCCUAAGUUGCAUGAAAUUGAUGUGUAUGAACUGAGCAGUGUGGCACGGGAAGAGGUGACUGAGGAGGAAAUAACCAAGUGGAAAAACAAGGAAGACCUCAAACGACAGUAUGAAAAACUAAAAGAUGACUCUGCAAAGAAGAUGGAGAAAAGGAAUGAUGAUAAAUCAAUACAGGAUGCCCGAGUGCGGUACCUGCAGAGAAAACAGCAAAGGGCACAGUGUAUAAAUGCCACGCUGAAGGAGAUGGGCUAGUACAGUGAUGAGUACUCUAGCAAAGGCACUCAGUGCAAUUGCUUGUUGAUAAGCUUGCAGCAUAACCACGUCAAAAAAAAAAAAAAGUGAGAACUGAAGGAAGCUGCCAGUUCACGUGGAGUCUAUCUGCUUGGGGGCACAGCCUGAUACUCCUUGCUGUUUUUGUGACAGGCAGUGAGGAAAGGUUAAUGAGCUGAACUUUCAUUGCCAUGUGUCUUAGGCAGUAACUUAUUCACCGCAAAUGUGGCUGAAGAAGCAGUAUUUACAGCCUGUUCUAUGUCACUCAGUUGGAAUUGGAGUUGGCCUAUAAAAAUGGGCAUUGUGUCAAUGCAAUUUUUAAUCACACUUUCUUGAAAACCUUUUGAAAUGAGUAUAACUGUCCAGUGUUGCAUUUUUAAAAAGAUAUGUAUUUGUUUUAUUUCCUUCUGUAAAUUGUUGGCUUAUAGGACCCGUGUGAUCGUUUUACUAAAUUAUGUACAAUUACCAUUUUUAAAUUGUAUACUACUUCAUGUGCUCUUUUAACAAUGGGAUAAUAAGAAUCCAAAUUAGAAAGGCUUAUGUCAUUUACCUACGUUCUGCCUCAUGCAGGAUCAUUACUUACUCUGUAUUUAGCUGUACCAUACACAGUGAUUGCUUUGGCAUUAAAAUGUCUCAUUUAGAUGA